UCUCGUGACAGCGAAGCUUUGAUUUUUCCAGACGAUUACAACGCGUCUAAUUUUUUUCUUCUUCUCUUUUCUUUUUUUCUUUGGUUGUAUUAAGUGUCUGGAGUUUGUUGCUUAGCAGCCUGAAAAUGACUCCUGAUUGGUUGAUACCUCGCACUCUCUCCAGCGCGUUAAAACGCUUCUGAAAGGUGCACGAGGCGCGCUUCAGAACUGUUCCGAACUCUGAUGAACCUGCGAAACCGCGAGCCGCAUCAGUACUUCUCUCUGAGCAUUUGGGAAUAUUCUGUUUGCAUUAUGUACUUUAGUUUAUCGACAGUGGAUCAGCAUCUUCUGAAGUGGGAACAGAGUGAAGGGACAGAUGGAUCCAGCUCACCUCACACACGAGCUUUCAGUGUAGGUUUAUAGGCUGAAGGUGGGUGUCCACAGUUACUGUUGAUCCUGUAUCAUUCUUUAUGUUUUGUAUUUUUAGAUAUCCAGCUGAUAUUUAAAAGGCUGCAUGAGUUUAAAACUUAUUUACAUACAGCCCAUUUUAGUAUUAAUUGAUUUCUAUAUAUUAUUUUCUAUUUAGAAUCUUGUACAGCGCUUUAACUGUGCACUAAAUACCUUGUAAAAUAACUGACAAACAGUGCAUGACUUUGCACAGUCAUUAUCAGACUGAGAGAUGGGAAUAAUUUGAAUUAUGUAAAAUAUUAAUUUGUUGUUACUUCUCUGGAUCUGCACAAACCUCUGCUUUAUAUUCCCCACUGAAUAUGUUUAACAUUGAACUAGAGUUUGUUUGGAAAUAAAAGAUUCUCAGUAUAAUUGUAGUAGAGCUCAAAUUUUUUAGAAUGCUUUUACUUCCAUGCAUUUUAUUUUAAUAUAAGAUAAGACAGUGUUUUCCUUUCAAUUGCAUUUUCAGUCUAUUUUUAGGUUUAGGUUUUUAUGUUUUUGAGAAUGUAAAAAAGAAGAAGAAACCAUUUAACUUAAAAUCCUAAAAUGUACUUAAUUCUGCAUUGACUGGUUUUCAGUCAGAAAUAGAAUCUAAUGUGACUGGACUGACUUGAGUCUAUUGGGUUACACUAAUGAAAGUGUUUUUAAGGAUGAGAUGAGGUAUAAACAGCAGUGCUUGUGUUCACUUUUUACAGUGAUACAGUACAUUGACAGUGGCUUGCUUUAGUGAAAAUGCCUUCUCAAAGGUUGUUCUUACAUUGUGCUCAGAUCUCUUUAGUGUGAUCCCAUGGGACCUUGUUAAAAAUGCAGGUUUUAAAAUGACCACCGUGACAAUAUUAUAGAGGACCGUACCAAAGAGAAUUAAUGAUUACAAAAAUAGUACCAUUAGUUCAAUUAAUUAGACAGGCCAGCUAAAAUAUUUAAAUCUCAACGCAGCUUUGAAGAAGUAGGACACUGCCAAAGGCUUCUUCUCCCUCCCACCGUGUCUGAUGUAUGCCAGUGAUGGCGUAAAAGAGAGAGAGAGAGAGAAAAAAAAAUUCAUUAAGGGAAUUUACUCAUUCAAUACACAGAGCUAUCAAUAAGUUGGUAUUACACUUAGCUAACUGUAUACACAGACUAUCCAAACUGUCUUUUUUUAUAUCUAUUAAAAUGCUUAUUUGAGAAUCAUAAGGCAGAUGAAGUAUUGUAAUGUGUGAUAUUUACUGGAUAAAACAUAUAAUAGGGCUUGUUAACCUGUGUUAACGUCUUUUUAAACCCAGACUUAAGGUCAGUUUUAACCCUGAGUUAUGAAUCUUUCAAGGUGAAACAAUGUGUUGCUUGCACGUUAGUCUCAGUGCUUACGUCAUUAAUAUUCAUAUGCUUUAUACAUUUGCACAAACUUGCAAAGCUGAAAGUUAUUGCAUCAGCGCAAAAGCAUUAACUGGAGUGAUGAGGAGGAGCUAUUGUUUUUUGCUGCAUGUUUUAGAAGAUUUAAAGGGAAAGUCCACCAAAAAAUAUUUAAUUUCUGUCAUCAUUUGCUAACCAUUAUAUCAUUCCAAACCUGUAUGGCUUUCUUUUUGUUCUGCGGAACACAAAAGAAGAUAUUUUGAAGAAUGUUUCAACUGUUUUGUACAAAACAACAUUGAACCCCACUGACCUUAAUUGAGAUAUUUUAAAUAUAUUUUAAAUAUUGUAUUUAAUAUUUCAGAAUAUCUGAAAAAGAAAGUCAUACAGGUUUGAAAACACAUGAGGAUGAAUGAUGACAGAUUUUUAUUUAACUCAUUUUGUGCAAUAGGGUUAUCAGCAUUAAUGGUUCACAAAUACAGUCUGGAAUCUCAAAAUCGGAAUAAAUCAUUUUUUACUAUAUCAUAAAGUAUGACAACUGAAGAUUUUGUUUGCCCAGGGCUAUGAGAGACCAUUUAAAGUGUGAAAAGUUUACAUUUUUAUCCUAAAUUUAGACCAGCUGCCAAAUCCUUAUUAUUAUUGAUACUGCUCUUUUCAUUCUGUCAUACUAAUGCACUUUCCUUCACUGGGUCUCUCAGGGCUCAGCGUUACACAGAACACAAUGAUCACAGAUUCAUCAAGUCCAGCAGAGUUCUACGAGGACAAUGCUUCACUGCUGUCCUUGGACUCUAGUGUUUUCUUCAGCGAGCCUGCACUACCUAGCAACGAUCCGCUGGAUUUCUUCAUUAUAAAUGUGGGAGGCAGUCGGUAUAUCCUCUCUCAGGAACUAUUGGCCUCUCACCCGGAGACUCGUUUGGGCAAGCUGGCCCUCUCUAGACGAGACUCUGCUUUAGAUCUAUGCGACGAUGCAGAUUUCUUGGAGAACGAGUUCUUCUUUGACCGCAACUCGCAGACCUUUCAGUACAUCAUGAACUUCUACAAGACGGGUCGCUUACAUGUGCGAGAGGAGCUGUGUGUGAUCUCGUUCCUUCAGGAGAUCGAGUACUGGGGCAUCGAUGAGAUCCGCAUAGACAGCUGUUGUAGGGACAGAUACUACCGGCGGAAGGAGAUGAAGGAUUCGUUUGAUAUUCGUAAAGAUGCUGAAGUAAUAGACAACGAGGAGGAGGACUUCACCGGUGUUUUGUGCCAGGAGUUACGCCAACGUCUAUGGGAUCUUAUGGAGAAGCCGGACUCCUCUAAGGCGGCCAAGAUGUUUGGGACGCUAUCCAUGUUCUUUGUAGUGGUGUCCAUCCUGAACAUUGCUCUGAUUUCACUGGACUUCACAAUACUUGGUGCACCCAUCAUCUUGGACGCUCUCGAGUACAUUUGUAUCAUCUGGUUCACCGGUGAGCUGGUGCUCAGGUUCAUGUGUGUUAGAGAUAAGUGUAGGUUCAGCAGGAGUGUGGCGAAUAUCAUUGACCUACUGGCUAUUCUGCCCUUCUAUGUGACUCUGGCCGUGGAGAGCCUGCAUGGUGGAUCUACGGAGCUGGAGAACGUUGGACGGGUAGUUCAGGUGCUGCGCCUAAUGAGGUCUCUCAGGAUGCUAAAACUUGGCCGACACUCAACAGGUCUCAAGUCUUUGGGCAUGACUAUCGCCCAAUGCUACGAGGAAGUUGGCCUCCUGAUGCUGUUCCUUUCCGUGGGCAUCUCCAUCUUCGCCACAGUGGAAUAUGCUAUUGAACAUGACAUGCCAGAGACCACCUUCACCAAUGUACCCAGCGCUUGGUGGUGGGCCACCACGUCCAUGACCACAGUAGGGUAUGGAGACAUCCGUCCGGACACGGCACUAGGAAAAGUGAUGGCCUUCAUCUGCAUCCUAUCUGGCAUUCUAAUUCUCUCGCUACCUAUCGCCAUCAUCAACGAUCGGUUCUCCGCCUGCUACUUCACACUUAAAAUGAAGGAGGUGGCGCUGCGGCACGGGGAGGCGCUGAAGCGACUGACGCGCAGCUCGGCCUCAGAUAUGUCAGCGAUAGGGGUGAACUUGCGGGACGCCUACGGCAGAAGCAUACUGGAGAUGCUGCGGUUGCAGGGGCGAGAGCGAGCCAGCACACGCAGCAGUGCAGGAGAUCUUUGGUGAUAACAGUAGGCCUGCAAGCGGCCUGAGAGAGAGACAGAUCAAGUGAGUGAGAGUGGUCUUUUAAGGAUCUCAAAACCUUUAAAGGCAUCAAAGGCUCAAAAUUUGCUUAAUCUUUAGAGUUUAUUGCAUUCGAAAAACAAAAUCAUCCUGCAAAAAACAACUGAACGUUCUAGUGUUUCCGAUGUAGAAACAUUGCAAUCCUGUAACAAUCAAAUGCAGCUUUGCAAAGUGGCUAAAAUGGUACAGUGGUAACACUGUAUUAGAAAUGAGCCCAAACCUGCAGCAUUGCAGAUAAAGUGCUACUGCUCAUUUCACAUGCAAAUGGGUAAUUUCUUAAUGUUGCGAUCUAAUGGAAGAAGCAACAGAUCUUUUCUUCCAUACUGGGAUGUAAAUCCAAGUGAAGCUGAUUGGAUGGAGGAAAUUGUGCAUGUAAUUGUAAGAAAGAAGAGGGGUUUCAAAUUUUCAAGUUUUCAAUUUACAAUUCUGUCAUAAUUUACUCACACUCAUGUCUUUCCAAACCUGUAUAAUUUUCUUGCCUCUUUGGAACAUGAAAGAAGAUAUUUUAAAGAAUGUUGAAGAGUAAACAGUUUUGGUUCCCACUGACUUUCAUUUUAUGGGCAAAUAAUACAAUGGAAGUCAGUGGGAACCAAAACUGUUUGGUUACCAGCAGUCUUCAAAAUAUCUUUAAAACAACAUGAGGGUGAAUAAAUGAGGUAAAAAAGAAAUUAAAUAAAAAUGAAACUUACAUGGUUGAAUCAUUCACAAUAAGAUCAAUAGCAUGCAUUAUUAUUAACAUUCCAUAUCAUGCCAACAGACCAUUUAACAGAGUAGAAAAUGGUCUUAAAACUAAAUUAGAAUUGAUAUUAUAAUUUUUUCUUAUAAGAAAAAUAAAACUUGAUAAUGAACCUCAGGGGAAAAAAUAAGACCCAUUUUAGGGUGAAGAGAAUGAUUUCUACUCCACUAGUGGCACAAAACAGAAUUGCAAAAAGAAAUGCUUUUUUUAAACAGGUUUCCCUUACACUGCCCUUGGUUGGACAACAGUUAGCCACACCCCAAAUUCUCACCAUUGGUUGCAUCAGUGUUUCCAUCCUGCUUAAAACAACCAUAAAAAUUCUGAAAAUGGCACAGUGUUUACAUGUUUCGACUGAAUCAGCCAACGACUUACUUUAAGCUGGAGAAAGUAUUUUAAUGUGACACUAUAAUCAUCAAAAUGAUUUUUCAAAAAUUGCUACAUGCCAGUUCUAUUCAUCCUUGUGCAACUCAUUGAUUGUUUGUAAUAUAAGUAGUUCCUACUGUUCCUUUUGAAGAUCUGUAAUAAAAUCUGUGUCUGGA